AUGGCUCCUACACUGCUCCAGAAGCUGUUUAACAAAAGGGGCAGCAGCUCGGCUUCUCCCCCAAGCAAGACACCUAAGGAAGGACCUGCCUUUAGCUGGUCCUGUUCGGAGUUUGACUUGAAUGAAAUCCGCCUGAUACUUUACCAGGAUUGUGAGAGAAGAGGCAGACAGGUCUUAUUUGAUUCCAAAGCAGUGCGCAAAGUUGAUGAGGCAGCAGCUCAGAAAAUAGAGGAUGCUUCAGGAAAGGCUUCUGCCAAGUGCUGCCAAGCAAGCAAUGAGACCAAUAGUAUUUCUUCCCAUAGACCAUCAGUGGGCUGUACACAGCAUGUCAAGGACCAGCUUCCAAAGUACCAGUACACUAGACCAGCCUCUGAUGUCAACAUGCUUGGAGAAAUGAUGUUUGGCUCAGUGGCAAUGAGUUACAAAGGUUCUACCUUGAAAAUCCACUACAUACGCUCUCCUCCGCAGCUUAUGAUAAGUAAAGUGUUCUCAGCCAGAGUGGGAAGCUUCAGUGGAAGCACAAAUAACUUGCAAGAUAGCUUUGAAUACAUCAACCAAGAUCCCAAUCUGGGAAAAUUGAGCUCUAAUCAAAAUGGUUUGGCCACCUGCCGUAGUGGAUGUAAUCUAGGUGUGUUACAGCUGUGUAGCAGCAAAGUGCUGCAGGGUGUAUCUGAAGGAGUUCCCCUCCGGCUCAUCCGGAGUGCUUCUUUCUUUGCAGCACAUAGCACCCCGGUUGAUAUGCCUAGCAGAGGGCAAACUGAGGACAGAGACAGCGGCAUUGCUCGGUCAGCAUCUCUGAGUAGUCUCUUGAUUACACCUUUCCCAUCACCAAGCUCCUCAUCCUCCUCUUCCAGUAGCUACCAACGCCGCUGGCUCCGAAGUCAAACAACAAGUUUAGAAAAUGGAAUUAUUCAAAGGUGGUCCACCGAAGAGACUUUUAGCAUGGCUGAUGAAAGCUGUAGUUCCAAUCCUGCAAUGAUUCGGAGGAAAAAAAUUGCCAUCAGUGUAAUUUUCUCCCUGCCUGAAAGAGAAGAUGCACAGAGGAACUUCCAGGACUUCUUUUUUUCUCACUUCCCUUUAUUUGAAUCCCAUAUGAAUAAGUUAAAGAGUGCAAUUGAAAAGGCCAUGAUCCUCUGUAGAAAAAUAGCAGAAUCCAGCCUAAGAGUUCAGGUUUAUAUCAGCCGUGUCACGGAUGCCCUGGGAGAAUUCAGACUUACAAUCUGGAACCUGUAUUCGGUUCCAAGGAUCGCAGAACCUGUGUGGCUUACCAUGAUGUCCAGCACUUUGGAAAAGAAUCAGUUAUGCCAGCGCUUUCUUAAGGAAUUUACACUUCUGAUAGAACAGAUCAACAAAAACCAGUUCUUAGCUGCUUUAUUGACUGCAGUGCUGACCUAUCACCUGGCGUGGGUCCCAACUGUAAUGCCAGUCGACCAUCUUCCCAUAAAGACCUUCUCUGAGAAAGGCACAUCACAAGCUGUAAACCUGCUGGCAAAAUCACAUCCUUAUAACCCUCUCUGGGCACAGCUCGGUGAUCUGUAUGGUGCCAUAGGCUCUCCCGUUAGGCUGACACGGACUGUGAUUGUUGGAAAACAUAAGGAAUUAGUUCAACGUAUUCUCUACGUUCUAACAUACUUCCUACGGUGCUCUGAGCUACAGGAAAAUCAACUGACCUGGAAUGGGAAAGUUGGAGAGGAAGAACAACUGCUAAAUGGAAGGAAGAUCACAACUACAUUGGAAAAGGGAGAGGUUGAAGAAUCUGAUUAUGUGAUUGUCACUGUUAAGAAUGAACCCGCUCUUGUGCCGCCAAUCCUACCUCAGAAGAAUGGUGGAAAUCAAACCAGUAGCACUAUGGGGCAUGUCAGUAACCCAGAGAGCUCUCCUGCUCUGCCAAUGUCCUCAAAAGAAAAGAAUGAAGAAGUAACAGGAAAGGCUGAUCAGAGCUCCAGGGCAUCCUGUAUUGCAUCAAAAGACUUCUCAGUUGGCACUUCUGAGUCUAAGGGAAUAGUGGAUGACUGUAGGAAAGGGAAGGUAGUUGAUAUAGGAACUGUGUCAUACCAUUUUGAAGAACAAAUAGAAUCAGAGGAUUUAAUGGAUGUCUUAAAGAAUAGCAACCAGGCCACUAGUGAAGUAGCAGAAAAGCCAUCUGACAGGUCAUCUGCUGUACCGUGUCCUGAGAGGUUUGUUGAGAGGAGUCCUCCUUUAGAAAGGGUCACCUUCCAGAUUGGAAGUUCUACAUCGCCAGAGUCAGAUUUAGAAACUCGCAAGAGUGACAUGGAUGAAAAUUUUAAGGCGUUCAAAAAAAAUCUACAGGUAGCAAGCUGUACGUCAAGUCCACCAAAUGUGCCUGCAGAAACUUCCCAGAGCCAACAAGAAACUUCCAAAGCCUCCCUUAACCCAUUACACAUUAGGCGUAAUAUCUGUUAUGCACAAAUUCCGUCAUGUGAAGCGAGUGCGAGUAUAUUUGAUGAAUAUUUUGCUGAAGGUAAUAAAAUUGAAAUGAAUGUAGCAAAUACUUCUACUCUGCGUGGUUUGUCAGAUGAACCACUUAAGCCAUCUGAUAAAAUAGAAACUGUAAAAACAGAAAUCUUAGAGGAAGCUAGAACCCUGUGCUCCAAGAAUGGGGAGGGCCAUUCACUUGACUCUGUUAAAACAAGUUCUGACGUACAGGACUCUGGCCAAAUAGUCGCUGACGAUGUCCCCUAUGGGGAUGCUGGAAGGAAAAUCCCCUUCCGAAUUGAAGGGGAUAUUCCUAGGAAUGAGAGUUCAGAUAGUGCACUUGGAGACAGCGAUGACGAUGGUGCUUCAUGUAUCUCUGAUCUACACCCUCGAGGCCAUGUCAGCAAUAGGCAUGAAGAAUUUACAGAAGUAGAACUUCCUUUACCAAGAUCCAACAUAAUCAGCAGUCCAAGUGUGAAAAACUUUGGAAGGUCACUUCUCGGUGGUUACUGUCCCACAUACAUGCCUGAUCUGGUACUGCAUGGAAUAAGUAAUGAUGAAAAACUCAAGCAGUGGUUACCAGCAGAUCUGCUUCAUGCAGUGCAUCAUCCAGUACUAGAUGAGCCCAUAGCAGAAGCUGUCUGCAUUAUUGCCGAUACGGAUAAAUGGACUGUACAGGUGGCUACAAGCCAGAGAAGGAUGAUGGACAGUAUGAAGCUAGGCAAAGAUGUCUUAGUCUCUAGUCAAGUGUCCAAUUUGCUGCAGUCCAUUUUACAGCUUUACAAACUUCACCUCCCAGCUGACUUCUGCAUAAUGCAUCUUGAAGAUAGGCUACAGGAGAUGUACCUCAAAAGCAAAAUGCUCUCAGAAUACCUGCGAGGACAUACAAGAGUUCAUGUAAAAGAGCUAGGAAUUGUAUUGGGGAUUGAAUCCAAUGACUUGCCUUUGUUGGCUGCUGUCGCAAGCACUCACUCCCCGUAUGUUGCUCAAAUACUCUUAUAAGUUAAAAUCUCAGGAUAGUCAUUCCCUAAACAAACUACAGGAAUCUUGAAGGAAGAACAGACGUGCCAAGUACUGGUAAAGGGGAGCAGGUGUAUGGCAGUGCAUUCCAACACCUUUUGAUUCUACUUUCAGCUGGACACUUUAUCUAAAGACUUCAGUUUACAUAAUACAAAAGGCAUUUGGGUUGGUUUUUUUACACUCGCCUCUGAGUUAAUAAAUCAUGAAGGUGAAUGCAUCCUUGCGGUCUUUUUAAAUGACAGAAGUAAACACUACAGCAAACACUCAACUGUCAGCAGAAAACACUGCUAAAAAACCCCAUGAGGUGGCAGUAAAAAGAACAGGUGAAAUAGGAUGGUUCUUCUAAUACUGCACUUGUGAUCGCAUGGUGUUUUGUGUGCUUCUUUGGUUGCGGAGCUGGAGUUGUAAACUAUGUACGUAGCAUUCCUUUGCAGAGGUGUUUGGAUGGACAUGAAGUUUUGCAGAACACAGACAUCCUUUUGUAUUGUAGUAGUGGCCAGCUCAAAACAAGAAACUUUGACUCGGCAGCUGAGUUACGUGGCAUGUGUGAGGUUUAUUGUUUCUUUAAGGAUAAAAGGAAGCUGCAGCUGCUUCUAGUUUUACUCAUGAGAAAAUAGAAUGAGCUCGGAUUAUAAUUAGUGCCACCCCAACAUUAGAAUGAAGACAGCUUUUCGAGAGAGGAGGAUUUUUUAGAAAGUCUUAUAGAAUUUCUACUACAAGUUUACGUUCUUGCAUUUACAUCAUUAAUAUAUAUUUUUUUUGCGUUUCUGUAUGCCCUGUAAAACUGGGAAUUGGUCCUAAGUCUUAAUGGAAUCCAAUAUUGCCGUCUGAGAUAUUUCCGUUUGACAAGCUAAAGUACAAUAUGUUACCAAAUGUGUUACACUUUGUGUGUGUGUGUGUGUGCGCGCAUGUGUAUGUGUGUGCGCGCAUACACCAACCAAUUGGCAUAAACUCAAAGGUUUUU